AUGGUCGACAUUGAUCUGGAGACAAUCAGAAACGUCGUGCAAGCAUGCAUGAAAGUCGUAUGUCAAAUGUCUUAUGCUUUUUAUCGAGAUUAGCAUCGUCACGGCUCUGCAUUAUAUUGGGCUGACAAGGCCGUGUGCCUCUCGAAAGGUUAUUUUACCUUGCAUUCAGAAACUGCAAGUUUAGGCGCUAUAGGUGAUGUUAUUAAUUUGGCGGAAGCCAUGUACUUUUGUGGACAGUAUCACAGAGCUAUUGCCAUCUUGUCGAACCGCGAGAAUGUUAGGGUAUUGCGAAGUACUUUAUCCGUCUAUAUUUUGCAGGAGGAAAUAUACUCCAGGUUUUUGAUCGCACAGUGCUACCACAAAUCCAACGAGCACAUGGAAGCCUUAAAAAUCCUCGAAAACCUCGAGUACUUCCAACAGACAUCCGAAAAAUUUAUAUCUAAUUCAUUCAUCACCUUCUAUCCACCCGAACGUCCUCCCAACGUUCUUGACAAACUCGACAAAUCCGUCGAGAACUUGCAUUUAAAAGCCACGGGAUCAGACUAUCUUCCACCUGGGGUCUCGCUCUCAAUGGUAAUUCGUUUGACUAUCCCUACUUUUUUUUAGCUCAAUAGCAGCAUUGCGUUGCUGCGUGGCAACAUUAAUGAAGCUCUUAAUAACUUUCCUGCCGCGGCUCAUUGGUAUAAGGAGGCAUUUUGCCUCGAUCCCUUCUGCUAUGAGGCCUUUGAGAAGCUUACGAAGUUAGAGGUUGUAUCUGUAGAAGGUUGGUUAGGUCUUUUGUCAUUUACCCUUCUAGACGAAAAACAGCUUUUAAAAUGUGAAUUACAGUCCGCCCCUGCAUCAACUGCCUCCAUCGUCAAGGCUCUUUAUGCAGACAAAAUCCCAAAGGUGUAUACAAAGGAUGCUUACCUAACUGUUACUUUUAUAGCUCGGAAUUACUGAGCUGCCUCCUGAGCUGUCGUUAUUCAAAAAUAAUUGUGACGUAUUGGUUCACCAAGCCGAUCGCCUGCUUUCCUCAGACCACUAUAGACGGUGUUACGCAUUAACUACACGGUACUUCAUUUUCCAAAUUACUUUUUUUUAGUGUGCUCAAGGAAGACCCCUUUCAUCCAGAUUGCCUGCCGAUACAUAUUUCGGUUCUGAGAAUGCUGAAUCAGUCAAAUGGUAGUACCUGCCAUUUUUCAUAAGGUUAUCAUGUAGAGCUUUUCAUACUCUCCAACAGGCUAGUUAAGAUUUAUCCGGAAAGUGCGGUAAUAGAUUGCCUUUUUUAUCCUCUCGUACAUUAUUUAGAUAUCUUGGUUCGCUACAGGUUCGUACUACCUAGCUACCCGCAAACAUGAUCUCGCCAAACGUCAUCUUCGGUAAGCACUCUGGUUUCAUUAUCUUAUUUUAUGCGGUUUUGUAUCGGGUUAGCUUAUAGCUAUCAGUGUACCGUUUUUUAUACCACAAGCUUUUCUUUGCAGCCAUCAGUAUUUACCAUCAAAAAUUAUGGCUUUCAUGUGUAUAAAGGUCCGACUCGGUACUACGGAGACUGUGGAACUGCGUUCCCCAAGAAUCUUAUUUAACACAUGGCUCUGGCAAAAGUGCGACUUCUGCUAAGCUCCAUCUUUUUUACUCACUGCAGGAAAUGAUUAUUGCCAAAGCCGCUUUUUUCUAGUUCUUUUUAAAUUUGCGAAAAGUGCUAUUAAGCACGCAUUCAUCGAGCGUCCUGAUACAGUACUGAGUCACUUCCCACAAAAUUAACCGAGGAUUUCCCGCUCUUAAACCUCUAUGCUACCUUUUAGGGCAACGAUUGGCCACAGUGGACAUUUGCUUUAUGUAUUUUUGACAGACAAUAGAAUCGAGCUAGCGCGGUGUCAGUUACCCUCAUUUGGUGCCAUUCAUUCUCCCCGAUCACAUUUUUGGGUCGGUAUUCUCUAAGCAAUUUAAUCAGCCGAUCUGCCACUCUUUUGGCUUGUGAGUUCUGUGUUAGUCUGUAAAAUUCUCUGUCAUCAAGAAGGGCUUUAGCUUUUUCAUUAUAGUCUUCUCGACUCAUCACGACGGUUGAUCGUCCCUUGUCAACAGGUAGAAUGAUGAUUCUGUCGUCCCUUUUCAGUUCCCUCAUAGUCUUUGACUCACUCUGCGAAACACAUUAAGUUGGUUUGUGUGUCAUCAGCAAGGUAACACAUUGUCGGACGGAGUAUUUCUUGUCGUCGGAUGUUUCACUUCUCCAAAGCAUAUCUUCCAAGGCGGUAAUAAAGUCGACAGGAUCGGCAUCUGCAGUAUUGAAACAAGUUUCACGCAGUAGCCUUCGUAGUUGCUGCUCUGUUAGCUGCUUAGACGCUAGGUUGUGGACAGAGUUUGAGCUUUCUGCGCCUGUCGGUUUUAGCUUAGUCAGUUUUCAUCCAAACUUAUCUCUUCUUAGCAUGCCUGUGGUAUGCCAGAGCGGAGAUCAUCUUCCCAAGAUCCGCGGCGAUAGAAUCACCGAGAGUGUGGGCACACUGCCUUCUAUUCUCCUCGAUCUUAGCCUUGUAUUUCUGCAAACGCUGGUGACAGUCGUCGACCAGAACUCUUGUCAUCUGUUUGACAAACCGCCUUACAACGUCUCUUCCCAUAACCGUAUUAACGAGAGCCUUAUAUAUCAGGCAUCGUGGAGUUAGUUCAUAUUGGAGACAUCGGUGCAGAAAACGUAACUGUUCGUAUGUUGCUGCCUCUGGUGUAGGGAAUACCUUCCAGCCGCGAGCUGUCCGAAGCGUAUCGCGUUCGAAUUUUUCACGAAUUAAAGCGAAAUUUCUAGUUCCGGGGUGUAUGCAUGAGUGAAGAAGAAGCGGGGUCGAGCACCGGAGCAUUUUGUUUAUUGUCCUGAGCCUUCGGACUCGUGCAGGAGUCCAUCGUCAGAGGUAGUAGUAGCAGCAGCAGCAGCAGCAGCAGAACAAGCGACAGUUAUAAGGCAUGUAGGCCAAUCACCGACCGACGGCGCAAGACUGGAGGUGACCACGCAGGACUCUGUGCGUCGGUGCCGGAUCGACAAAUCGAUUGACUGAGUUGAUUUCAGUUCCCGGUUGCUUUCUACUAUAGACGCUACUCAAUAUUGUGGAUAACGUAAGGGCUGAAGAGGGUUGGGGCGGGCACACAACUCUGCUUCGCCCCAUUCUUGACGUGGGUUCGAGUCCCACCGAGGCGCCGAGUUCUUCACUGUUGGGCCAAUAUGAAUUAUUCAAAAUCUGCCAAAACACCUCUGAAUUUUUGCCUAUUUCUGGUGCGCUAGGAGGGUCGCGCCAAUUGUUCCGUUAUGUUUUUAGAAUCAAUUUUUGAUUUCUGAGAGAAAUUCUUGCCCUCCGUGUCGGGUCAGACGGUUCAGGAAAACUCGAGCAAAGGUUUGACUGGGAUAUGGCGGUGACGAUCACAGACUUACCUUAUUCUUUGUCAUUUUGAGGGAUGCGCAAUGAUGAAGUCUUCAGAGUCUUGCAACAUAUGUCCUUGUUGGUAUAUUCCCUCAGAAUCCCAAAGUUUGAAAGCCACCGUAGUUAUAGACUUCAGUUGAAAUAGACUGGGUGCCCGCGCGUUGUCACUGAAUGUCUUCUGCGCUGCCUACACGUUUCCUGCAUGGAAUGCAGGCAAUAAAAAGCAUAAUUGGUUUCUCCUCGGGGAAGUCUGUUGAUAGUCUCACUCCAGAGACUGGCACUUGCAGACUUACUUAAAAAGGGAGGCUCAGUAUUCCAGAACCUGCGAUUCUUCCGAUUGCGGGCUUGUCCCAUCCGAGUUUAGAAUGGACACAUUUUCAAUAGAUGUUGAGCCCUAAGCUGCCCUGUGGGUAACGAAGAAGGCCUUACUGUUACCAUGGUCAGCGUAUCGCUGAUGAAAUGGUUUACAUGUCGUCCUUCCUAUAGAAUCUUGAUAUUUGGCGAAUGGGAGUUGGCAAGCAAUGGAAAGGACUUGUACGCCAUCUCUAUUCGAUUCCAUCAUGAUCCAGUGGCAGGUCUACCUAAAGCUACAGUGAGUGACCGAUCUCAUGAAAUGUUGGCUGAAAUUCUGAAAUGCGUUUUCGACUAAGAAGAAUUACUUGGUCGCGGUUGUAAUACUGAUUGUCUUGCGGCAUAAUCUUAUAAAAUUUCGGACUUGGCAGGAUGUCAGCUUUUGAAUACACUGCUUUUCAAUCUCCUGUAGAAACCGUACUCGGUAAAAAAUGACUACUUAAUUAGCAUGCAUUUUUCCCAUUGGUUUUCGAUGGUUUUGCAAAUUCAAAUAUAUGUUAUAGAAACCAUAAACAAAAAUAGGCUUUCUUUCAGUCGAUUAAUAGAGAAUCACUCGAGGAAGGAGUAAAACUAGGUUUUAAAAAAGUUUCUAAUUAUGAUAUUUUUUAAGACCUCGCAAUGUCCAUUCACAUAGCAUCGUACCUCGCCGCUUACCACAGCUCCUCAUGAUAUGUACAACAUAGUCCGCAUCCGUUCCAAAAUUUUUUGGACUCUGUAUGAUAUCUUUUUGAUGGCAUAGAAAAAUCUGUGAUUUUCUUUACGCAGAGCGCAUGCACCUUGUAGACUGAAAUCACUAAACGCUAAUGCAACGAAUGAUCAGGCACCAAAUUAUUCGGCAAUUAGAAAACUUCUUUAAAACCUAGUUUUACUCCUUCCUCGAGUAUAAAAUAUAAAGAAGACGUGAUUCUCUAUUAAUUGACUGAAAGAAAGCCUAUUUUUGUUUAUGGUUUCUAUAAAAUAUAUUUGAAUUUGCAAGACCAUCGAAAAUCAGUGGGAAAAAUGUAUGUCAAUUAAGUAGUCAUUUUUACCGAGUACGGUUUCUACAGGAGAUUGAAAAGCAGUGUAUUCAAAAGCUGACAUCCUGCCAAGUCCGAAAUGUUAUAAGAUUAUGCCGCAGGGUGUUCAGUGUUACAACCGCGCCCAAGUAAUCCUUCCUAAUCGAAAACGCAUUUCAGAAUUUCAGCCACCGUUGAUGAGAUCGGUCACUCACUGGGUGCAGUAACUGGCUUAGCACAGGCCACGUCUACGCGUACUGCAGCACGGCUGGUGCCUUUCCACUGAAUGCGCCGGGAUCCACACACAAUUUCGCUGGGUUUGGAUAGACAGUAGCCAUUUCUGUCCGGUUUAGCCAAUCGUUCAAAGUUCUUGCUGAGCAGUAGCCGCCACUCUGAUCAUAACCUCACGGAACCAUAGCUAAGAGCCGAGUGCUUAAUGAGUUCGGUGCGGAGACGGUCACUUCAUGCAAUAAGACACUCAGCACGACUACUAUCACAACAAAAUGGACCCAUCCACCAAGGUCUCUUAUACACAUGCAACCUGUCAUUGCUUUUUUUCUACACGAGCGACCUCACAUUCGUUAAUUACGACCGGUCAUUUGCCACUGUUCCUACGAAGGCCGCCAAUUGGAUUACAAAUAUACGAGUGACUAAGGCAAUAGCUGUGUCAGGCUGGUUUAUAUUUUUGUCGGAGGACGUAGCCUCUCUGCUUCUAAACUCCAAUCAGAUCAGUGUUACAUUGAUAUGCCAAGGGGCAGCCGAGGCGUUGUAGAUUUUGAAUUGUUUUUCUUUCUCUUUUAAGGAAGGCGACUCAGCAAGACAGACGUUUUGGAUCCGCCUGGUUGGCUUUAGGCCACGCGUACGCUGCCGACAGCGAACACGACCAAGCUAUCGCCGCCUACUGCACAGCUGCUCAAAUUGUUCGAUGGUAAGAAUUCUAACUGUGUCUAGUGAUUUCGCUGCAUCCCAUCUCUUUACAAUUCCUGUCCUUUGAAUUCCUAGAUCUGGUGCAGGAUCAGUCAGCGUGCUUGGGGCCCUGGUACUGCCUAUCUACUCUAAUACAGCGAUUUGUGUAGCACUUAAGGUAGAAUUCACUUACUAUUCAAGUCACAACAAAGAGACGCUGAUCGCAUCAGGACGUGCGUUCCUCUUCAUCGCCCCAUGGUGAAUGAGAAACGUCUUAGGACCACCCUCUGUUCCCACUCAUGUCCUUUCGAUGCCCGCACUGGCAAGGACGGCGCGGCGCUCCACCCCGUCAUCGACAGGCUUGUAGUUGAUAGCCGAUGCAACAGUGACGGUUAACUUUUCGGUUUCGCCAGGGAGUGGGACAGACCAGGCUUAAACUCGAAAACACACCUCCUCACUUGAUUUUUAGGUGACGAGGAUCCCGACGCACAGAUUGGUGACACCACGCUAGCAACUGUUAAGGGGGUGUAGUUUUCUGUCCUCUGUUAGUGUUUGGUGCUGAAAUAAACAGCAAACAUUGUCAAAGCCACGCCUUCAUGAAAAUCCGUCUGGAUCUGUAUCCCAUGACCAUUCUAAGGACUUGCAUCUAAAAAGCUAUUCAUCCGCCGACUUCUCGACGAAACACGAUAUCCCUUGAAACCGUCUUUCAUUUCUCAAAUAUCAUGGUGCUCUGGUGUCCCACUUCCGUGAUUAACUGCACUCGUUCCGUAAUCCCGUUGUUGCGGUCUCAAUCUUUCGUACGAGUAACGGCAGACACAAACCCUGAAGUGAAUAUCAGCUGGGUGUAUUGUGUCACCCCAAACCACCAAGUGUCUAGCAUUUUGCGCACGCACUUUUUAGGUGUCUCCCGAAGUCCAUAUUGACUGGUUUCAUAAAAGAACCUUUUCUGUUUCCUUGAAAUUUGAACGCCAGGUCAUCGGUCAACCAAACAACCGGAGCGGAGGCAAGUUUUUCGUCCAUUGGCUGAAUGAGCGCCCGCUGCAUUAUCGACAAACGUCUCCUUAAUUUCUUUGACACCUAUUCUGUUGUUGGACUGUUGUAGCUAUUCUUCCAGUACUCCGUCCUUAUUGUGCUCUACUUUCAUGCCGAAAUUUGAUCUGUCAUUCUGCGCAUCCGGAACGAGAAAAUUCGGAAUUUAGAUGGCGGGCCAAUUACAUCGAAAGUGGUGCCUGACUUAUCUUCCUAUUUGCAGAGAAAGUGGUACAGAGUAUGCCCCUGAAACCGACGCAGCAUCAUUCUCCUCUAUCAUUACAAAAGGAAGACUCGUGGUCAUAGAACCAUUUGCCGCAAUCACGGUAGACGCAACUCUACGGCUUCCCGCCCAGCGAGAAUGGUAGUCGAGUCACAAGCCGUUUUGGACUUCUCGUAAUGACCCUCGCGACUGUAAUUCUGAAGUGUUUCCCCGCCGCUGUGGACCCAUUGACAAGAAUAAGCCCAAGUAAUUUUCCCCUCGCGACGAAUCCCGAAGCAGCCGCCUUAUUUCCAGGAGGAGGCGAACGCUUGCUUAAUUUCGGUCUCAGCUGUGUCACAAACGCACUUUGGAAAACCCGGAAGGUUGAUGCUAUGUUCCAGAAGCCACGGAACUCAAAGGAGACCCAUUGUCAGCUCAUUCGAUCAGGAAUCAGGCAUACAGUGGGGAAUCGGGUAUCGAUUGUAUGCGUUCAGUGGUGAUGUGACCUUGCCUACAAUACUGUCUUUAUGGAACACCUUGUUGAUAAUGUCCAUGAAAUGUGUUUUCACACUAAUCAGUGCUCUUUGAGAUGUCGGCUUUCCACCAGAAUAUUUUCCGCUCGUCUAUGAUACCCACUGAUGUCUCUAUACCCUUCUGGAUUUAUUCAUUUUGUGGAUUUCCGUUUAUGAAACAUUUCACUGCUAUGUCCCGUUACUUUAUAAUUACAGCUCGCAUAUUCCCAUGAUGUAUAUCGGCGUGGAGUAUAGUGCCAGCAAUAAUCACAUAUUGUCCGAAAGGUUUCUGAAAUACGCUCGCGAACGAAAUCCGAACGAUCCGGCGAUCUUACACGAACUCGGGAGUUUGGCUUUCAAGUCGAAAAGGUAUUUUACUGGUCAUCGCCCAGGGAUUCUGGCGACUGUUUAGUAUUUGAAUGUUAUGCGUACUUAUUUAUAGCCAGUAGUUUGUAUGUCAACUUCACUGUGAUUCUUCCCCGCAGGUACUCUGAAGCGCUUGAAUUGCUAAAGCAGGCCUACUCAAUUGCAUUGGAUCUUAGCGACCAGGUCCUCGCGCCAUAUUGGGAACCCCUGCUUAACAACCUGGCGCAUGUUUACCGUGAGCUUGGGUAUGCAUAUUUAUCUCCGACUCCGUACUUUACUAGCUUUUGGACUGUCGUUUGUGACAAGCAAACUAUAUGAUUGAUUCCCGCGUCCUUUCAGGGAAUAUGAACAGGCUCUGAAGUUGCAUUUCGCAGCGCUAAAUCUGGUUGAAAAUUCUCCAUCCACCUUGGAGUCUAUGGGCCUGAUAUACGCCAUGACAAAUCGUUUUGAGGAGGCCGUACGCGCUUUCCAGACUGCAAUUUCAUUUCAUGCUCGCUUGGGGGACGUAAAGUUCGCGUCGAAGAUGCUGAACCUUUGCAUGAAACAGCUUGUAAAGGGGGACAAUACCAAGCAGACGGAGUCCCCACCGGGUCGAGGUAAAUCUUUUUUUGCCUAGAUGUCAGUCUGCUACAGUCAUCCACAGCUCAGGUCUUAUGUAAAAGAUACUGCACGUAACAUAUCUCAUGGAAGAUUUGUUAGAAAUCUGUAAUAUUGUCACGGUUAGAAGGGGUUGCUAAGGUGGGGUUAGAAUGCUUAUUAGCAUGCAGCGUACUCCUGAAGUAUUUCAGUCAUGCCACAUUCUCGGCAUUUGAGUGCAUUCCUUUCCGGCCAUCUGCAGAAGUAACAGUCAUUCAAAAAUGACUGCACAAAUAGUAUGGAUUUUCCCCAUUGAAUUUCGAUGCCCUUGCAAAUUGGAAUAUAUUUUAUAGAAAACAUGCACGAAAAUAUCUUUCCUUGUGCUCUCAUGAUUAGAAUCCUCUUUAGACCGAAAGCUACACCCUUGGCGAGGACAUAAUCUACUAUGAAAUGAGUGUCAUAAAGGGUGCUUUAUGCGCGAUUUCCAUAAAAAAACGUGGUUGGACACGGAAAUAUGGACCCCCCUACUACAGGUGGUUUCGCGAUAAAUUCCAGGAGUAUCUAUUUCCGUGUCCCAAUUUUAUCCCUAACCCCAACUCUCCUGACCCUACAAUAACCCUGACACCAACCCCCUGGAAUCUGAGACAAAGCCAUCUGUAGUGUUGGGGGUCCGCAUUCACAUGCUAAGCCAAAUAUUUUCUGAUUUAAUGGCAUCGACCAUCAGGGGAAAAGUGUGCUACUUAAGUAGUUCAGCAAACUUUGUUUUUGUAGGUAUCGUCGAGUCACCACCGCCUUCAGCCUUUUUGCCCAUCCCGCUUCAACUGCCUGGCGAGGAACCUGUCCUCGGCGUGCCGUCUAUUAAGGCGGACAUGGACGUUGUCUAUCACCCAACUCAGUCGGGUGGUGGUGACAAGGACGUCUCGGACUCAGUAGAUGACGAUGACGACGACGUAUCGAUGGAAUUUGUCUAA